GGUUGUGUUUGUGUGUGUUGUAUACUUUUGGUUGUAUACUUCUACUAAUAUAAGGCCUUCUUAAUUGAGAAUCUAAGCACAAUUUUGAGUCUCUCUCCCCCUCUUUUUUUUUUGGUUUUGUGGGGUUUAGUGAUAAUAAAGUUAGGGCUAAAUGGAGAUGGAGGGGAGUUUCUCCGACUUGUUCAGGAACUCUACAGAAGAGAUGUUUCUGAAAUCGGUGAUGGAAAAUCCGAUCGGGGCUUCGGCGCCAACUAGCGUGGAGAUGCUGGGCUUUCGCGAGGACAGCGAGAAGCUGUUUAAUAGCUGGCUUAUGAGUGCGGAGAUUCCUGGAUACAACUCAGCAACUCACCGUACUCGACAACCGUCGCGGAGGAUAUCAGCAGAGCUUGCAGCUCUUUCGAGCCAGCAAAAUGGACUUGCCCAGAAGAAAACUUUCGACGAGAAUUUACCUCAGCAGAAUUUCGACGCAUCUGACGAGCUUUCAAAUAACUUUACCCAGCAGUCCCUCAGGAAUGCUGCAGAGAUAGGAAUGCAAGCUAGCAAUUUGUAUCUGGCAAAGGCAUGGUUUCAUAGUACUCAACCAAUGACUCGAAGUCGAUCAUCCGAAUUGAGGAGGAGAUAUGCAGCUAUGCAAAGUAUUCAGGUACCUGCAACUACCGAAAUCCAAAAUAACAAUCAAGGACAGGGAAAUAACUCCACAAAAAAUGAUCUCACAAACACCAACAAUCCCUGUGAAAUCUCGAUGGUCGAAAUGCCGACUACAUUCAUGUCUCCUUCGAAUUCAUCGACUUCUCCUUUCGAUGCUCCUCUGGUAACAACAAACGAUACGGUCUCUUCUGUCGUGAGCAUGCUAAAGGACACGCUCGACCGCAAAAAACUCGGUAACUAUAUGGAGAGAGAAAACUCUCAAGCCAAUCCUUUCGGCUUUUAUGCGGCUCAACAAGUCCAAGCUAACAAUAACAGCUUCCUCGGAACGCAAUGUACCUUUCAAUUGCCGAAGUUUGAGAGAACGGUAGAAGCGAACACAGAAAACUUUGUCACACCACAAAACCAGAUGUGGGUAGGUGCAGUGUCCCGAGAGCCGUCGCAAAGCGGAUCAUCAAAUGCUGGUUUUGAUGCAUGUGAUGGAACUUCUUACUCCGCGCAAGCUGUAUCUGCUUCUUGUGAGAGUACAAGAAAGAAUAUCAUUACUGGAUUUUCAGACUCUGGAUCAAAAACUAAUGAAAGCAGAGGGAGGAUAUUCAAAGAAAGCUUACAUAAUGACAGGAAGAAUGGAAAUCUAAGCCGGAUGGGAUCGAUCCAAUCAGAAAGCUCAGCGGAAAAAGGAGACCCAACAAAGAAACGCAGGGUCGAGCGUUCACGCAAAAUGGCAGAAGCAAAAGAAAGAAACUUGACCCCAACAGUACCAUCUGAUAUGCAAGCAGUCCUUAAGCGCUGCGAGAAUCUCGAGAAGGAAGUGCGGUCGCUUAAGCUCAACUUGUCUUUCAUGAAUAGGAAAGACUCGGAACAGACCAAGCAAAUCGAAGAGCUUCAAAAGCAGAAUGAGGAACUGAUGGAUGAAAAGGAGCGGCUACUAGAAGAGAUCGAGAGGAUUAUAUCUGAAACGAGCAGUCGAUGAUCUGGCUAAUUUUGAUAUCAGUUAGCAUAAUGUUGAAGGAUAGGAGAUGCAACAUUCAAGUUUCAAAUCUCCUAACAUUCAAUAUUAGGAUGAUAUUAACAAGGCAACUUGUUUCAAUUUUUGCAUUGCUUGAUCCAUGAAUAUAACUUUUGAAGGAAGAUUAAAUAUGAGAUUAUAAUUCAUCUCAGUUCCAACAUCAACUA